AUGCUUCGAGCCGGCCUCUUCAAACCGGCUUUGACUCGACCGCUCCUUCCGAGGUGCUUGCUGCGGCCGGCCAUCCGGGCCGAGGAGCAGCUGCGAUUCUUCUCCGCCGAAAGCGAAAGCUCUUCGUCCUCGUCCCGUCCGAAGGCCCAAAGCAGGAGCCGGACGUACUACGACAUCUUGGAGGUGCCUCAAAAGGCAAAGAAGGAGGAGAUUAAGGAAGCGUACCGACGCCUUGCGAAACGGUACCAUCCGGAUCGGAAUGUUGAUGAUCCGGAGGCCGAGACCCGAUUCAAGGAGAUCCAGGAAGCGCAUGCCACGCUCAGCGACUCCUGGAAGAAGGCCCUCUACGACCAGGACCUGCAGUUCAGCAAGUUCGGCACCGGGGUCACACAAGAGGUCGAGAGAGAAAGGUGGACGGAGCAUUGGGAGAAGGAAACUCCGGAUGAAAGAGAAGCGCGCAAGGAACGUUAUCGGCGAUACGCGGCCGGUGAGCGGAAUGACAUUCCCUUUGACAGGAUGUACUCCGGCUGGUGGCCGGCAACUGUGGCUUUGGUCGUCGGCGGUGUCUUCUACUUGUGUGUGAAGGCGCCCGAGUGGCAAGAAGGCCAACCGCACUUCUGCGACCCUAUGUUCGACGACAAGAGU